GUUCACGAUUCCUUUGGUUCCCGGUGCUGCGAGUGGAAGGACCGAAAGGGGCCGGGCCCACAGAGGAAAGAAAUGGCGAGUAUGGUCACCGAGGACGGGUGUGGAGUGGCAGCGGAGACCCCACAGCCGCAGGGUCCGGGUCGGGGCGCGGUCAGAUGGGGCUCACAGCACGCCGGUGCCCGAGAACUGGCUAGUCUGUACUCGCCAGGCAAAAGAUGUCAAGAAUGGAUCAGCGUCAUCCUCUGCUUCUCUCUCAUGGCCUUCAACUUAAUUCACCUUCUUGCCAAUUUCCAUCUGGGACACAUGUGGUACAUACAGCUGGGCAUCGUGGCAGGAAUACUCACCGCUGACUUCGCGUCAGGACUCGUACACUGGGGGGCCGACACAUGGGGAUCAGUGGAUCUGCCCAUCGUUGGAAAGGCGUUUAUUCGCCCGUUCAGAGAGCACCACAUCGACCCCACGGCCAUCACCCGUCACGACUUCAUCGAGACAAACGGUGACAACUGCAUGCUGACCAUCGUCCCUCUUGCAAACAUGGCCUUCAACUUUCUCAUGCUGUCCCCUGCGGACAUUUACCACAUCUACCCGUGGUACUGCUACUUGUACGCGCUGGCCAUCUUUGUGACGCUCACCAACCAGAUCCACAAGUGGUCGCACACGUACUUUGGCCUUCCUCGCUGGGUGGUGUUCCUGCAGGACUGCCACGUCAUCCUUCCUCGCAAGCACCACCGCAUCCAUCACGUCUCCCCUCAUGAGACGUAUUUCUGCAUCACCACAGGUUGGUUAAACUAUCCUCUGGAGAGGCUCGGUUUCUGGAGAACCUUGGAGGAUCUCAUCCAGGGCGUGACGGGAGAGAAACCCAGAGCAGACGACUUAAAAUGGGCUAAGAAAUGAAAUAACUCUGAAGGCUAACUGCAUCCUACCUCAGCAACCCCUGGCUCUGCCCAGGCUUCACGUUGUGUUUUCUUGCCUCACUUAAAAACUGCAGUUCACAAGAUGAACGGCUAACCGUUUCUGAUGCCAUAGCUUUAAGUCUUGCACAUUUUUUUUUUCUCUUUCACCAAGCGAGGGCUCUGUUUCUGGGAUUUUAUUUUAUAGCUUUUCUACACAGAUACAUUAUCUAAACUGCAAUAUGUUAUAAGCUUUUUAUUUCUAACACAGGUCAUCAUUUUUUAAAGGUUUUUGCAAAUAAUGUAUCACUUUCCAAAGGAGGUGAGACUAUUACUCUGAUCUGAACCAGCGCUGUGGAGAAUGAUCACACACUCGAUCAGGAGAGCUUGUAUUCACACUUUUACUCGUCACCGCUUUAUUUUCUGUUGAAUGAAGAAGCUCUAAAGAAUCGAAUUUGAUAUGAACGUCCUAGAAUCAGUCAGUUACAUAGGAUCUCUCUGGAGGCGAUACCAUUGUUGAUAGCUUGUGAUCAAAUUUCAAGUAGCUGUUACAUUUGCUCUCUACUUGCACAUUUGGGUUUGCACACUUUUUGAUAAUUUUAUAGGAUAAGUGGAAACGAAGUGAGGCACAAAUAUGUUUUUUGUUUAUUUUUUUGUCAAGAAUUACGAAAUUCCUAUCUUUCCUUCUAAAACACAGCCAUAUUUACUAGUAGUUUAAUAAAUGGAUGAAUCUGUUACAGAGGGAGAACCAGUGAGCUACUAAAUAAUCAAAAUACAAAGUCAAAAUCGAAGUCUGAAACUGA